UUGCACAUCUUCGUGGAGAGUUUAGCUUAUUUUAACCCUUUUAACUCAUGCUUUAUCACCACAUUUUUGCUGUAGAGUAACUACACGAUGCGGUAGCUCGGUUAAAUGUCUUAUAUUCAACAAUGCUCGUUUUUAUUUUGGGAUUUAAGGACGUUUACCGAGGCCUUGAAGCUGCCCUGCUAACUGGAUGCCGAUGAUUCAGCUGGAGAAGCCGGUGCUGACUGGUACCAUGCCGGUGGUAUGGCCCACCAUCCUCGACCUGGGCAGGGAUGAGUGCAAAAGAAUUCUCCGUAAACUGGAGCUGGAGGCGUACGCCGGAGUCAUCAGUGCCCUGCGAGCACAAGGAGACCUGACGAAGGACAAGAAGGAUUUGCUGGGAGAACUCACUAAAAUCCUCGGCAUCUCAACAGAGCGCCAUCGUGCAGAAGUUCGCAGGGCUGUCAAUGAUGAACGCCUCACCACCAUCGCGUAUCACAUGUCGGGUCCUAACAGCUCGUCAGAAUGGUCGAUUGAAGGCCGCCGGCUCGUUCCCUUGAUGCCGAGGCUCGUCCCUCAGACGGCUUUUACCGUGACGGCUAACGCUGUGGCCAGUGCAACAGCCAAUCAGAACGCCUCCCUUCUGCUGCCAGCGGAAACGGGAAACAAAGAAGUGGUUGUGUGUUAUUCCUACACAAGCACCACCUGCACCUCCACCAGCGCCACGGCAACCAGCGGCACCAUAGGAGCAACGGUGAAAUCACCGCGACCGCCGAGCCCUUCGUCCAAUGUGGUGGUGCUGCCCAGCGGGAGCACUGUCUACGUGAAGAGCGUGAGCUGCUCCGAUGAAGACGAGAAGCCACGCAAGCGAAGGCGGACCAACUCGUCCAGCUCGUCGCCGGUGAUGCUGAAGGAGGUUUCCAAAGUGUCCCCGCCGAUAUCCAAAAACAUCACGGUGCCGGUGAGCGGCAGCCCAAAGAUGAGCAACAUCAUGCAGAGCAUCGCCAACUCCCUGCCGCCCCACCUGUCUCCUGUCAAGAUCACUUUCACCAAACCCACCAUCCAGACCACCAACACAACCACACAGAAGGUGAUCAUCGUGACGACUUCCCCGAGCUCCAACUUUGUCCCCAACAUCCUCUCCAAGUCUCACACCCACAACAACGCUGCUUUGUCCAAGCUCGUCUCCACCUCCAUGCUGACCACACCCACCCAGAAACAGACGGUGGUCUUCCCCGCCAGCUCCAGCCCGGCCUCCAACCCCACCACAGUCGCCGUGACAACAGUGGUCUCCUCGACUCCUUCUGUGGUCAUGUCUACUGUUGCAACAUGUGCAGCUUCAGCUGGAGUGAAGGUAGCUUCAGCCAGGCUUCCUUCACCCAAGACACUGGUUGGGUCACCCACUCAGAUCCUGACCCAGUUCCCCAAACAGCAGUCACCCAAACAGCUGCAGCAGGGCUUGCAGAUGGGCUCUAGUGUAAGCCAGACCCAGACCACCACCGCCACACCCGGCAGCAAACCCACCAUUCAGAUCAAGCAAGAGUCUGGAGUGAAGAUAAUCACUCAGCAGGUUCAGCCCAGUAAAAUCCUGCCCAAGCCUUCAUCAGUGGCUUUGUCCAGCAGCAGCUCCUCGCCCAUCAUGGUUGUCAGUAGCAACGGAGCCAUCAUGACCACUAAACUGGUCACACAGCCCACAGCUUCCCAGGCCACCUAUACGAGACCCACUGUGAGCCCCAGCAUCGGAGCCAGAAUAUCAGCCUCCAGCGGUGGGGCCACCUACGUCAAGACCACCAGCGGCAGCAUCAUUACAGUGGUGCCAAAGUCUUUAGCCACACUUGGCGGGAAGAUCAUCAGCAGCAACAUUGUGUCUGGCACCACAACUAAGAUCACCACCAUCCCCAUGACCUCCAAACCAAAUGUCAUUGUGGUCCAGAAAACCACAGGCAAAGGAGCAACCAUCCAAGGACUUCCUGGCAAGAAUGUUGUCACAACACUUUUAAAUGCUGGGUUCAUAACCAGUGCUGCUGUGCGGCAGGGUGAAAAGAGCCUGCAGGCGGUUCAGGGCACCAAACCAGCAAUCAUCACCGCCUCCAGACCCAUCACCAAGAUGAUCGUCACCCAGCCCAAAGGCAUGGGCUCCGGAUCGCAGUCCACUGCCACCAAGAUCAUUCCAACUAAGAUCGUCUACGGCCAGCAAGGCAAGACACAGGUUCUCAUCAAACCUAAACCAGUCUUCCAGGCAGCGGUGGUGAGCGAACAGACCAGGCAGCUGGUCACUGAGACGCUGCAGCAGGUGACCCGCUCAGUAGACAUCAGCCAGGGUCAGACCUCAAGCCAGGACGGGUCAACGAAAGACGAGUCCGGCACUUUCACGGAACCGAGCAGCUUAGCUGGCGAGACUUCUCAUGGCAGCACCCAAGACCCUCCGCCUGUAGUGCAUGUGGUAACCUCCAGAGAGCAGGAUUGGACUGAGCAGGAAGUAGCCGUUGAGUCCAGCCCCACUAUCAUCUACCAGGAGGUGUCUGGAGGGGAAUCCCAGUCCGCCACUUCAACCAUCAAAGCCCUAUUGGAGCUGCAACAAACAGUGAAGGAGAAAGGAGAGUCCAAACCCAGGCAGCACACCAUCGACCUGAGCCAGAUGGCCGUGCCCAUCCAGCUGGCCCAGGAGAAGAAGCCCAGCCCCGAGUCUCCCAGGCCCUCGACCUCAGAGGCCGAGCCGAGCACCGAGUACAUCCCAGCAGGUAAAGUCAGCAGAGUGGGAGUGCCCUCGGAGGAUGACGUGGUCAUGUCGUCCUCUAGUCAGCUGCUGGGGAAGCCUUUCAAAAGCAUUAGCCAAGUUACCGUGGUAACCAAACCGGCUGCGGUCUCCUCUGCAGCCACAGCUUCACACGUCAGCCACAUGCCCUCUGAGACUAAGACCGAGACCGUGCUGGAGGUGGGCGAGCUGGAGGGCGACACCUUGGACCCCCAGACAGGCUUGUUUUAUCGCUCCAGCCAACCAACCACAGACCCAGUAAAGCAAAUCCCCCAUUCUGCGGGAGCUCAGCCGCCACCUUCCAGCCAGCCAGAGACGGAGCAGCAGAGCCGGCACAGCUCCGCACCAACCCAGCCACCUCCGACAUCGCUCCCGCCGCCACCGCCUCCGCAGCUCCAGAGCAAACCUCAAAUCAGCCAGCCUCCCUCUUCCUCCACUGCUUUCCCCUCCACCCCUCCUCUGACUAAGAAACUCCCUAAGCUACGAGAGCAGAGUCAGCCCAAACCCCAAACUCUAACCCAGAGCCCCAAAGACAGACCCCUGCCUCCACCAGCCCAGCCCGUCGCUAAGCUCAUCACCCCGGGCACGCCGACCAAACCCCUGGUGACACCGCAGCUCCCUAAGCUCCAGCAAGCACCCACGUCCCACCACAGGCCUCUGCACACUCCGAUGUCCCACCCUCCUCCGCUGCAGGCGCACCAUCCCGUCAGCACCGAAAAGACCGCCUCCAGCCAGCAGCCGAUCAUCACACAGAGCGCCACCGUCACCAAGAUCAGCUUCGGCAGCUCCCACCACUCAACGCCGGUCUUCAGCAGCGGCGAAGCCACCGCCAAACUGCUCCCAGAGUCCAGCUCUGGUCCCUCCGGAGAGAAGCCCUCUGUGUCGGACAUCCUGAAGAUCUCCAUGAUGGAGGCGGAGAUCGACCCGAGCACGGAGCCCAUGGUGGUGGAUUCCUCCAGCGACUGCGGCCCCCUGGGGAAAGCCCUGGCGGUCCAAGCCGUGUCAGGAACGCUGGACUCGGGCCAGUUCAUAAGCAGCUCCGGGGCCUCCAUGCAUCAUUCUCACACGAAGCCCCAACAGUUCAGCUGCAUGCAGGGCCUCACAGCACAGAGGAGCAAGGAGGACCUCGAGGUCAUUGAGGUGAUUCCUCAGUACUCUAUCCUGCCGGACUCCAGCCAGUCCAACGUGGUGGUGGAGCCCAGCGGCUUCCUGGAGAUUACCAACUACACCAGCCAGCAGCUGGAGGAGGACAGCCCCAUGGAACAGGAAGUGGACAGCAGCAACGACGAGGCCACGGCAGCCAGCCCGCCCGACCGACCGUAGUCGCUCCACAGCCGACGAGCAGCUUCCUGGCUUCGGACCCAGCAGACAAAGACGUGCUGACUGUUUUUUAUAGUGUUUUUUGUGUAAAAUAUAUUAGUUUGUUCUUUCCCUCCCUCCCUCUCUCCGCUCUACGAGAAAUCGCACAUGUUUUUUUAUUGCCAACGAGGAGCCCUGGAUGUAAAAAGUGGCAGCGAGGUGGGAGGAUUAGUUAUAGUCCAGUCCGAGACAUUUUGGGAAACAGCCUCUCCAAACAGACUUUAUUAUUACAGUGUGUCACCACGGUUACUUGCAGGACUUUUGCAAGACAGUCCACACAUUCAUGAAAUUAUUUGGAUUUUUUCCGAACCGUGCCACCCAACGUCAUUUCAAAAUAUACAGCUGGGGGUCGGACCAGCUGCACACGCUGUUUUUAAGAGGACUGCAUUUAUGUUUGUGUUGUUUAGUGUUUCCAAAAAAGAAGAAAGGAAAAUAAACCCCACUGACUGUGCUCACACAGACUUUUGUACAAAGUGACGUCUUCUUUUGAUGACUCGAAGGUUUUAUCAACAUAGGAAUUGUAUUUUCUUUUGACUGAGGUGCAACUUUGUAAGAGUAAAUCUCUUUGUGGGAUUGAAGUUUAGUUUUCAAAGGAGAGAACAAAGCUGGAGCAGAUUUUUGAAGUGCUGUGUGGAAAAAUAAAACCGAACCAGAAAAAAGGAAUCCUGGAGGAAGGAUUGAGUGCAACAUGUACGUUACUGAUCAUUUGAACUGAUGUAAAAAAAAAAAAGAAGAAAAA